AGAACAAUCUAGAUGAGUCUACUCCAUUAAAAAAUUGGAUAUUCUAUAGAAGAAGAACUCGAAUAUUCUUUCUUGAAAAAUUAAAAAAAAAAUUAGAAUACAAAUAAAGAUGGUGAGCAUGUCAUUCGGGCUCCAUUCUUUGGUAUAUUAUCCAAAACCGAAACCUUCGUUAUUCUUCUUCCUUAACCAACAAGCUCAAUCUCAUCCAGAUUUCAAGAGAAUCAACAUCUUCUCCGAUUCAAACCAAUCCGUAAUGACUUUGAAAGCCGUCCGUGUCUUCGAGCUUCAAGUCUCCGAAAAUGCAGCUGCUUGCUUGGUGUUUGAGGAGGCCGAUGAUGAUGAUCGUGAUCGUGAAGAAGAAAUGGAAUUGGGAAAAAUGGUGGUGAUCGGGCACAGAGGAAGCGGCAUGAACAUGAUGCAGUCGAACGAUUCGAGGUUCAAAUUCAUCAAAGAAAACUCCAUUCUCUCUUUCAAUUCCGCUGCCAAAUUCCCCAUUCAAUUCGUCGAGUUCGACGUUCAGGUUACCAAGGAUGACUGUCCUGUCAUUUUCCAUGAUAACUUCAUCCUCACUCAAGAUAAGGAUGUCAUUGUUGAGAAGAGAAUUUCAGAUAUUACUCUGCAAGAGUUUCUUUCGUACGGACCCCAGAAAGAGCCUGGAAUGGUGGGGAAGCCUGUGUUUAGAAAAACAAAAGAUGGGAGAAUUUUUGAGUGGAAAGUGGAGAAGGAUGAUCCACUAUGCACAUUACAAGAGGUGUUUCAAAGAGUUGAUCAUUCGGUUGGAUUUAAUAUUGAGUUGAAGUUCAAUGAUCAUGUGGUCUACAAGGAAGAAGAACUCACUCAUGCUCUUCAUGUAAUCUUAAAUGAGGUGAAUGAGUAUGCUAAAGAUAGACCAAUAAUAUUUUCAAGCUUUCAUCCUGAUGCUGCUCAGUUGAUUAGAAAAAUGCAGAACACUUACCCUGUAUUCUUUCUCACAAAUGGAGGGUCUGAGGUUUAUACAGACAAACGAAGGAACUCAUUGGAUGAAGCUCUUAAACUGUGCUUGGAAUCUGGUUUGCAAGGAAUUGUAUCAGAAGUCAAAGCUAUCUUUAGAAAUCCUGGGAUGAUAAGUAAAAUCAAAGAGUCUAACUUGAGGCUCAUUACCUAUGGCCAGUUAAAUAAUGUGCCAGAGGUAGUACACAUGCAACACCUAUUGGGUAUUGAGGGAGUUAUUGUGGACCUUGUUGAAGAGAUCACAGAGGCUGUUUCGGAAUAUAUUAUUCAUCCAAGUGCAGCCAAGGAGGUUAAUGGCAUUGACUUUUUUGAAGAGGAGACAGAGAGAAGAACACAAGUAGUCAGAAACAAGCCUCAAUUUUCACAACCUGAACUUUCUUUUCUCCUGAAGCUCAUACCAGAGUUGAUACAGCAUUGAAAAAAAAAAUGAUUUCCUAUUUAGUCUAGAAAGAUACAAAGACAUUGAUAUCAUUCGGUACUAAAAAACCUAACACUGUUGAAUGCUAUCCCUAAAUAUUAUAUAUCAUACACUUGUAUAAACCCAUAGUUGCUUUACUGGGAAAGCAUAUAGGCCAGAGUUAUGUGACAGUUAUAGGAACAUCUAAAGGUUUAUUAUAACUUGUAUCUGUGAUCUUAAUCAUGUUAUUAUUACAGAAAGCAAAGAUCAUGUCAAAUGCAGUCUUCUAAAUUCAGCAUGAGAAGUAU